AUGACGCGGACUUGGUUUGGAAGUCGUCUUCAGGAAUACCAGGUGAUUGGGCGCCACUUGCCCACGGAGGCCAACCCCAACCCCAGCCUCUACCGCAUGCGCAUUUUCGCGCCGAACGAGGUCGUUGCCAAGUCCCGCUUCUGGUACUUCCUUCGUGGUCUUCGCAAGGUCAAGAAGGCCACUGGUGAGAUCGUCAGCGUCAAUGUGAUCUCCGAGAAGCACCCCCUGAAGGUCAAGAACUUUGGCAUCUGGAUCCGCUACGACUCGCGGUCCGGCACCCACAACAUGUACAAGGAGUACCGUGAGACCUCGAGGACCGCUGCCGUCGAGGCUCUCUAUGCCGACAUGGCCGCCCGCCACCGUGCCCGCUUCAGGUCGAUCCACAUUCUCCGCGUUGUCGAGCUUGAGAAGACCGAGGACAUCAGGCGCCCCUACAUCAAGCAGCUCGUUGCCAAGAACCUCUCUUUCCCUCUGCCGCACCGCGUCCCCAAGAUCAACAACAAGAAGCUCUUCAGCGCGAAGCGCCCGUCCACUUUUGCUUGA